AACCCGGAAGGAGAUCCACCCAGUUCAUACAUUUCUAGCAACCCCUUAUAUAAAUCUUUCAUCUCACAAACUUUUUUUCAUAUACAAACACUCGAUAACUUAUAUUCAUAUAACUCAUAUUCAUAUUCUUGUAUUCAUAUUUGUAAAGAAGAGGGAUGUCAAGUGAACAUCAGAUGGAUCAAAGCCAGUUAUUAUUAACUAGUGCUGCAGCCACGAACAAGAUGAUUAUCAACAAGAAGAAGAAGAAUCAGAAGAACAAGAAGAAUAAGUGGAGGAAGUAUACUAGUGCUGCCAAAAAUGGUGCUGCUAAUCAUACUUAUGAUUUAGUUUCAUUCGAGGAAUUGCCGGCUUACAUGAAAGAUAAUGAGUAUAUACGUAAUUAUUACAGAGCUAAUUGGCCUCUUAAGCAAGCUCUUUUCAGCAUUUUCCGGUGGCAUAACGAGACUCUUAACGUUUGGACGCAUCUGGUUGGAUUUAUACUAUUCGUGGGGCUGACAUGCUCGAAUAUGAUUCAGGUCCCUCCUGUCGUCGAAUUCUUCAAUAUUCUUACAACCUGGUCUUCGCCAUUGGGUUCAGCGGGGAAUGUCUCUCAUGAUUCCAAAAGUUUCUUCUCUGACACAACAAAACUCAUUGACCUGAAGCAUUCAUCUUUCGGCAUGGACAUUACACUACCAGAACUGGAAGUUACACGGUGGCCAUUCUUCGUAUUUCUUGGAGGCUCCAUGUUCUGCCUCCUCUCGAGCAGCAUUUGCCACCUCUUCUGCUGCCAUUCCCACCCCAUGAACAUCUUAAUGCUCCGAAUAGACUACGUUGGAAUCGCAGUCAUGAUCAUCACCUCUUUUUUCCCUCCAAUCUACUACAUCUUCCAAUGCUCCCCACACUGGCAAAUUCUCUACCUCAGCGGUAUCACAAUCAUGGGCAUAUUCACUAUCGUCACAUUGCUAUCGCCCGUAUUCUCAACAAAUAAAUUUCGCUCAUUUAGAGCCUCGCUAUUUGUGGCAAUGGGGCUGUUUGGCCUAGUGCCUGCAGUUCAUGCCAUGGUAGUGAACUGGGAUGAUCCCAGCAGGAACAUCAUACUUGGUUACGAACUGGCUAUGGCGCUUUCUUAUCUAAUCGGCACACUCUUCUACGUCACCCGCAUUCCAGAGAGGUGGAGGCCUGGGUGGUUUGAUCUAGCCGGACACAGCCACCAGAUAUUUCAUGUGUUUGUCAUCAUGGGUGCAUUGUCACAUUAUGGCGCUGCACUUGUAUUUCUUGAUUUUCGCAGUAAGAUUGGCUGUGAAACCAACAUGUAACGCAUUAUUGCAUAUCCUAGAAAAUGUCCGUGGCCUUGAUUGGAGGCUUAGUGAUUGAUUGAUAUUCUUUAUGUUGUAUUUAUAUUACAGAAAAAUGGUUAUAUUCAAUGAAGAAUGAAGUAACCAAAGAUUGAAUACAGUGUGCUUAUGUUGCUUCUCUCA